CCAUCUAUUUUCAGCCCUAGGUACUUACGGCAUCAAAUCGGUUUGUGUGCAAAAAUUACUGUAAAAAACUGACUAAUCCAGAAAUCGUGAAAGUAAAUAGUGUGUUUGAGCGUCGUCUGUUAAUUUUUAAGUGUGAAUUAUGUGUUAUUGGCGGCGGAGGAUGCAUAAAUCAAUUAGAUUGGAGGUUUUUAUGUCCGAGUAACCAGCUGAUGGCGGGUGAAAAUACAGGACUCGCUUGGCAGUUUACUGAUCUCAGCCGUGUUCGAUUGUGAUUGAAGGUGUGCUGUUGUUUUCUCGUAACGAUACUAGCGAAUUAAACCGCGUUUGUCAUUAUUGCAACGGUGUCGGUAACAUUAAAUAGACUAUAUUUCGAGCAGUUGAUCAUUGGGCGUGCACUGAACUACAGCACACACCUUGUGCCAUUGAUAUUUAGCAAUCAUUCAUAAAUUUUAAAGACUAUAAAUAUAAAUGAUGCGCUUAAAAAAUUGUGCAAUUUGACGACGGUAUUUGGGUGGUGAAAUGAAGAGUGAUCAGUUUACAACCCCUGUGUAAAUAGUGUCUACUUGUUGUUGAAACGGACUUCUUGAGCACCACGAUGUCCACGACGGCUUUCGUCGACAGGAUCGAUCCCUUCGCGAAACGGUCGCUCAAGAAGAAAAGCAAAAAAUCGCAAGGCAGUUCGAGAUACCGCAAUUCCCAGGAUGUGGAAAUGCAACCGUUGCCUUCGCUCAAAGACGUGCCGGCUUCGGAACAGGAGGAACUGUUCAUCCGUAAGCUGAGACAAUGUUGUGUGCCAUUCGACUUUAUGGACCCGGUGGCGGACCUUAAGGGCAAGGAGGUGAAGCGCACUUCACUCAACGAUUUAGUCGACUAUAUAACGGGCGGACGAGGCGUCCUCACCGAGCCCGUUUACCCCGAAAUUAUAAAAAUGAUAUCGGCCAAUUUGUUUCGUACACUGCCCCCAAGCGAGAACCCGGACUUUGAUCCUGAGGAGGACGACCCCACACUGGAAGCGAGUUGGCCACACCUCCAGUUGGUGUACGAGUUCUUCCUGCGGUUCCUCGAGUCGUCCGAGUUCCAACCGACGAUCGGCAAACGUGUCAUCGAUCAGAAGUUCGUGCUGCAGCUGCUAGAGCUCUUCGACAGCGAGGACCCGCGGGAAAGAGACUUCCUCAAGACGGUCCUUCACCGUAUCUACGGAAAGUUCCUCGGAUUGAGGGCCUUCAUAAGGAAACAGAUCAACAACAUAUUUCUUAGAUUUGUGUAUGAGACUGAACACUUCAAUGGUGUGGGCGAACUGCUGGAAAUCCUGGGCUCGAUAAUCAACGGUUUCGCAUUGCCACUGAAGGCCGAACACAAACAGUUCCUGGUCAAGGUGCUCAUACCGUUGCACAAGGUCAAGUGCCUGUCGCUGUACCACGCGCAGCUCGCCUACUGUGUGGUCCAGUUCCUUGAGAAGGACCCAACGCUGACGGAGCCAGUUGUCCGGGGACUGUUGAAGUACUGGCCGAAGACGUGCAGCCAGAAAGAAGUCAUGUUCUUAGGCGAGAUAGAGGAGGUGUUGGAUGUGAUUGAACCGUCGCAGUUCACUCGUAUCCAGGAUCCGCUCUUUAGACAGAUUGCGCGGUGCGUCUCCAGCCCGCAUUUCCAGGUGGCAGAGCGGGCUUUGUACUUCUGGAAUAAUGAAUACAUCAUGUCGCUGAUGGAGGAGAACAACCACGUAAUUAUGCCGAUUAUGUUCCCGGCACUCUACCGUAUAUCCAAAGAACACUGGAACCAGACAAUUGUGGCACUCGUCUACAACGUGCUCAAGACAUUCAUGGAGAUGAAUUCCAAAUUAUUUGAUGAACUGACAGUUAGUUAUAAAGCCGAAAGACAAAAAGAAAAGAAACGAGAGAAAGAACGAGAUGAGUUGUGGAAAAAGCUUGCCGAGCUCGGGUUGAACCAUAAUAAGAGCACGGCACCGCAGACCAACAGUCCACCAAGCAAGAAGUGAUACAACAGCCUAACAGCAACAACAAACACCGCUACACAACAACCAAUUACAAAAAUAUUUUCUCCCCCGUCGUAGCCGUCUGUCGGUAAGUAAGGGACGCGUGUGUCGCGUGACCCACGACCCCCACCCUCCCUCUCUACAUAUAUGUAUGUUCCCCCGCCAUCGUCAUCGUCACUCAACAAACAUUGGAGCAUGCUUCAAACACCACAAAUCUAGAAAAAAUUUAAUCCCAGUAAUCAACAUAAAUAUGUCAGUUUGUUCCCCCAAUAUAUUAUAUGAUUAAAUGCAGUUUUAAAGCACGACGCUUUUUCAUUAUUUUCUUUUGGAAACAAAAAAAUAUGAUGUAUAAACAUUCUCAUGUAUUUUAUUUAUAGAGCUAGUCUAUUUUACUUCUUGUGUAUACUAAAGUUUAUAUUUACGAAUUAUGUAUUGUUAUGGCAUUAAUUAAAGUAAUAGAUUUACAAACAAGCAUUACUUUUUCUUUUUCUUGAAUUUUGUACUUUAUUAAUAGGGCAAAUAUGAACACAUUCUUCGGUCCUACUAGUUGUAACAUUUUUUAAACUCUUUGAACUGUUUUAAUUCACUUUGCUCUACAUUUAAAGAUGUGAUAUCUAUGGAAAAUGAGACACCACAAGCUGUGCUUUCUAAAAGAAAAUCAGCACAGCAAGUCCCGUUUUCCCAUUAAAUCGUUUUCUUUGAAUUAAAUCGGGUGAUUUUUUUCUGAUGUAAUCAGUAAUGAACGCAAAACUAUUAUAUUAUUUUAAUGAAAUUAUGUACUUAACUAAAAUGGAUAAAUCUAAUGUGACAUGAAAUAGGCAGUGUCGUUUGGCAAAAAAUGUUUAAAGUAGAGGAAAUUGGAGAUCAAUCGCCCGAUAUUUCUACCAUACGAAUUAUAAAACUGUUGGAUGUUGACUAAACAAAUCAAUUCUGUUCUGGAAUGGUGUAGUGGCAUAUUUCGAUGAAUUUGUUCCCAAAAAAGUAAAAUUAGAAGAGAUAACGAGAGGAGUGCAGCACUUGGAGUGUACAAUUUUUAUUAAAUUACUAUGAAUGUAUCAACAGUGUAACCUGUGGACAAAGACAUUUAAAACGUAAAUUAAAUAUGUGCUAUAGUAUAUCUGAGGAAACCUGUAUAUAGCUGAGAUGUUGCAUUUUGUGUUUAAUCUGUGAUCGGAGCUUUGCGUUACGUUUACGUUUUCCUGUUGUGUGUCCUAACUUGAUUGAUUCUGAUUUGUUAACAUCUCAAACAUCUUUCUUUUUUUUGCUCCGAUUAUUUUAUAAACACAUCUCAUAAUGCGGCAAUUUUUUAUGUGCUUAUGCACAAAUUGUAUGCAUGCGUGUGACCGUGUGAAUGAGUUCUGUAAUAAACAUUCAUGUACAGAAGGCUGUAUAACUUGUAGCAUAUACUUUCUAGCUAAUAUUAUUAAUAUAAGAUACUUUAGUUGUACCUAAUUAGUCACCUGUUAUGCAUAGUCCCAUUUCAAUUAUUCGGGACUAUUGGAAACUGGUUAAUUAUUUUUACAAGCCAUUCAAUAGAAAUAAGUCCUGUUGAUUGUAGAUUCGGAUUUAAUUUGUUUAAUGACGUAGUAAUAUAUUAAAGGGUUCAUUUUUCUACUUUUGCACAGUAAAUCUAACUCAUUUAAAUCCAUCAAAUCUGCAAUUCUGCAAUGAACUGCAGGGUCGUAUAUAAGGAGUGUGCUUAUAAAAGAAUUGACCCAGUUUUCGUUAUCUUUGUAUAUUCACGGAUUGUUGUUGUAUUGUAAAACUAUUUUAUAAUGAAAUUCCUAACUUUUGUUUUUAUUUUUUCAUGUCAACUCUUCCAGAUUCAUUUCCAGCCUAUAACUAGAGUUACGUAAAAGCUUUGUAACCUAUUCUUAUCGCAGCUAGGAUAAAUGUAUGUUUGAGGCUGCGUUAAAGGAAUUUGGUAUGUUUUAAUUGACCUUAAAUGUAUAACCUGUAACAGUCUAUGGAUGUUAAUGUUAGAUUUGGAGCCUCAAGCAUACUGUGUGAAAAUGUACACGUUGAACGUGUAAAUUAUUUGAAUGUGAAAACUACUGAAUUAUCGAAGAUUUCUUGUAUACGCGUUUUUCGCUGUUUAAUUUUACAAAUUAUACAGCCAAAUGAAUUUCUUACAAAUGGUGCCACUUCACUACCAAACUUUUAUAGAAGCACUGUUAUGUUCACUUAGAUGAGAAAAAGCUUUAUAUAAGGAGAAAAAUAUAGCGAAUUGUGUUUUAGAUAGAAAAUUAAGAACGUACGUAUAUUAAGUUGUCUUGGCGAGCUCAAACCAACUCGUGACAUAACUCUGAAAUGUUUUUUAUUCAUAGAGCUAUUCUACUGUAUUACUGUGUCUUAAUUUCGGUUCAUGUAACUCUUCAGGGGGUACAUUUUCAUUUCUACUGUUGUGUGUCAUAUUGAAAGAUUUUUAAACGCCCUGUGGAUAUUUGGAAGGUUGGAAAAUCUAUAUUUUAAGCAUUAAUAAGAAUGACUUCGCAAAGUUAAGCUAAUUGGGCUGGAUGGUGUAAAAAUUACAUAAUAAUGAACAAUUGUUUUUAUAUUAGUGUGUGUGCCAAUUGCUGAUAAUUAAUAGUGUUUUUAGUUUUUUGUUUAUUCUUGGGACAAUUACAAGUAGAUUUGAGAUUUGAGCCUUCCGAAAAUGGCCACGGUGGAUGAUUGUUUUUAAGUUGUUGUAUAGGUGAAGUUAGCAAUAUCAUUGGGCUAGAAAAACCGCUCCAUAAGUGCUAUUAGACAUAAUGCUUAAGUGUUUCAUGUUAGUUAUAGUUGUAAAAAAGACUUUUAUGUAUAUUUGUUUUUAUUUUUUGUGAUGAGAGGUGUGAUAUUCUAGCUAAUUCCAUUUGUAAAUGUCGAUUAGCUCUGUGAAUACAUUUAACUACAUCAUACAAGUUAGGGCUAUAUAAUAUAUCGCCCAACCCUCAUUAGACUAAAACUAUGUAAUAUAUAACUAAAUCACUAUAAAACUUGUAGAUAUAUAAAAAUAUAUUGUUAAAUUUAUAUUGUUUUUCUCAAAUUUCUAUAGUUUUAAAAUGUAUCGUUUUGGAAUGGUAGGUUGAAACGUUCGGAUCUAAUUUAUAGACGCACAUUAAAUAUCUAUUUUACCAGAGUUCAUGCAAAAUAUUACUUGCGACAGCUUUUCAAUCUAAUUGCAUUUGCAACAAUAACACAUUGUAUUUAGAUUACGCUCGUUCCUACUUACUGAAUAUCUGCAGGAAUUUAUUAAAUUAAGCAAACAAUGCCUCAUAUCUAUAUUGAACUUUGUAAAAUGGAUCUUUUCAAUAUUAAUGUAUGUUUAAAAUAACUUCUGGAAGAAGUUGUUGAAAUGUUAUUGACAGCUCCAAUUUAAGCGAAGCUAGGUGUUAGAACUGUUGCAAUUACUGUUCCAAAAAAUAUGAAAACUGUGAGCUGAUAAGUUUUCUUUUUGUUUUCUCGUUACGGAAUAAUAUUGCGUGUAAAAGGAAUCAAUACAUUUAUAAAAGUUUCAUAAUUAUUUCUAUAUGAGCUACUUAUUAACCUCAUUUUUGAGGAUCUAGUAUCUGCAGUGUCAAUGGACGCACUAGAUUACUGUGCGAAAUAAAUAUUUUCAUUUUGA